AUGAGUACCGACUCGGAUACGGAGAAGGUUAUUAUAGAUCAACAUGCUAACGAUGGCCUUUUCGAAAAUGCUAGCUCCUCCUCAAGUUCAAAUAAAGGCUUGAAAAAUAAAGAUGCUUCGGAAUUGGAGUCUAUGGAUGAUGAAGCAGAACGUGUAGAUGGAGAACGUGGGAAUAUUUUGGCACAGUAUACAGAAAAACAAGUUAUGCAAAUGGGGCGGAACUAUGCCAUAAAACAUGAUUUGGACCCUGAGUUAUUUUCUAGAGCUGCUGCGGUGGCUAGGGCACCGAAUGCUUUUAACUCCAUGCCGUUUUUGAGUGAUAAAGAAAAAAGCGGGCUUUAUAUUGAAAACACAAAAAAAUGGCACGUACCUAUGAAGUUGGUGGCAGUUAUUGCAGUAGGUUCAAUGGCAGCAGCAGUACAAGGGAUGGACGAGUCGGUUAUCAAUGGCGCCACAUUGUUUUAUCCAAAAGCAUUUGGUGUCACUGAGAUGAAGAAUGCUGAUUUGAUUGAGGGAUUAGUCAACUCUGCUCCUUACUUGUGUGCUUCGUGUGUAGCUUGUUGGAUGUCUGACUCUUGGAAUCAUUAUUUGGGAAGAAAGUGGACGAUUUGGGUGACUUGUCUAAUUUCAGCGGCAACAUGCAUCUGGAGUGGAUUCGUUAAUACGUGGUGGCAUUUAUUUAUAGCAAGAUUUUUUUUGGGUUUUGGUAUUGGAAUCAAGAGUGCUACAGUUCCAGCAUAUGCAGCUGAGUGCACUCCUAAACAGAUUAGAGGUGCAUUGGUUAUGUUGUGGCAAUUUUUUACAGCUGUUGGUAUUAUGUUUGGUUACGUGCUGAGUUUAGCAUUUUAUUAUGUACCAAACCACAGCUUUGGCACUGGAUUAAACUGGAGAUUGAUGUUGGGAAGUGCAUUUAUUCCGGCAGCUAUUGUUUUGUUCCAAAUCCCAUUUGUUCCAGAGUCCCCACGUUGGCUAAUGGGAAAGAACAGACACAAAGAAGCUUUUGAGAGUUUGGAACAACUAAGGAUUGAGAGGAUUGCUGCGGCGCGUGACACGUUUUAUCAACAUGUGCUUCUUUUGGAGGAAGGCUCUUAUGAUAUACCUACUUGGAAAAGACUUAUACAAAUGUUUUCUAUUAGAAGAAAUAGAAAUGGUGCUAUUGCCUCGUGGAUUGUGAUGUUUAUGCAACAGUUUUGCGGUAUCAAUGUCAUUGCCUAUUACUCAUCAUCGAUUUUUAUCUCGGCAAACUAUAGCGUCAUUUCGGCACUUUUAGCAUCUUGGGGGUUUGGUAUGAUAAACUUUGUUUUUGCAAUACCUAGUUUCUUUACAAUUGACACUUUUGGCCGUCGGAACUUGCUAUUGUUUGCGUUCCCAUUUAUGUGUGCAUUUUUGCUUGUUGCUGGUUGCGGCUUUUUAAUUACAAAUACGCGAGGACAGGUUGCAAUGGUAACAGUGGGUGUGUACCUAUUCAGUUGCGUUUACAGUUCAUCUGAAGGUCCUGUUCCAUUUACCUAUUCAGCAGAAGCGUUCCCAUUAUAUAUUAGAGAUUUGGGUAUGGCGUGGGCAACAGCCACAUGUUGGUUCUUUAAUUUUAUUUUGGCAUUUACUUGGCCUAGAAUGCAGAAAGCAAUGACUUCCACUGGUGCUUUUGGGUUUUAUGCAGCUUGGAAUGCAAUUGGUUUCUUUUUAGUUUUGUGGUUUUUACCAGAGACAAAAGGCUUAACUUUGGAAGAGUUGGACUCUGUAUUUGAAGUGCCCAUGUAUACGCAUGCUGUAUAUAGGACAAAAACAUUUUGGAAUGGCAUCCAAAGGUAUGUUCUUAGGAGGAAGAAUGUGGUUGACCCACCUCCACUCUAUGAACAUCAAAGAAUGGCUGUUACUUCUGAAGAGUGGAAUGACAAGCCAGAAGUUUCCAUGAUAGAAUAG